UUUGUUCUUUGCUUAUAGAUCUGCCACAAUGCCUGGGUCUCUUCCAGUGAACACUGAAUCCUGCUGGCCCAAAGAUGUGGGUAUUGUUGCACUGGAAAUCUAUUUUCCCUCUCAGUAUGUUGACCAGACAGAGCUGGAGAAGUAUGACGGUGUGGAUGCAGGCAAAUACACCAUUGGGUUAGGCCAGUCAAAGAUGGGCUUCUGCUCUGACCGAGAGGAUAUCAAUUCCCUCUGUUUGACUGUGGUUCAGAAGCUUAUGGAGAGGAACAGCCUUUCCUAUGACUGCAUUGGGAGACUGGAGGUUGGAACGGAGACAAUAAUUGAUAAAUCAAAAUCGGUGAAGACGGUCCUGAUGCAGCUGUUUGAAGAAUCCGGUAAUACAGAUGUAGAAGGAAUUGACACAACCAAUGCGUGCUAUGGAGGCACUGCUGCUCUUUUUAAUGCUAUUAAUUGGAUUGAAUCCAGCUCUUGGGAUGGACGCUAUGCACUUGUUGUUGCUGGAGACAUUGCCGUGUAUGCGACUGGAAAUGCCAGGCCAACAGGUGGAGCUGGUGCUGUUGCUAUGCUAGUCGGUCCAAAUGCUCCUCUAAUUUUUGAGAGAGGAUUGCGUGGAACUCACAUGCAGCACGCUUAUGACUUCUAUAAACCAGAUAUGGUCUCUGAAUAUCCUGUAGUUGAUGGCAAGCUGUCUAUACAGUGCUACCUCAGUGCAUUAGAUCGCUGCUAUAGUGUUUAUCGCAACAAAAUCCAUGCCCAGUGGCAAAAAGAGGGGACAGACAGACGUUUCACCUUGAAUGACUUUGGAUUCAUGAUUUUUCAUUCUCCCUACUGUAAACUGGUACAGAAAUCUGUGGCAAGGCUAUUGCUGAAUGACUUUCUCAGUGACCAGAAUGCAGAAACAGCAAAUGGUGUUUUCAGUGGUUUGGAAGCUUUCAGGGAUGUAAAGCUUGAAGAUACGUAUUUUGACAGGGAUGUGGAAAAAGCUUUUAUGAAAGCUAGUGCAGAGCUCUUCAAUCAGAAAACCAAAGCUUCUUUACUUGUGUCCAAUCAGAAUGGAAACAUGUACACACCUUCAGUCUACGGUUGCCUUGCUUCUCUUCUAGCCCAGUACUCUCCAGAGCACCUUGCAGGACAAAGAAUUAGUGUGUUCUCAUAUGGCUCUGGUUUUGCUGCUACACUGUAUUCCAUCAGAGUUACACAGGAUGCUACUCCUGGUUCUGCACUGGACAAAAUAACUGCCAGCCUUUCUGAUCUUAAAGCAAGACUUGACUCAAGAAAAUGCAUUGCACCUGAUGUCUUUGCUGAAAACAUGAAGAUUAGACAGGAGACACAUCACUUGGGUAAGAACGUCGUAAAUAUAAAAUGUUACUAAUCCUACAGCAAAAUA